CGCUCCAUCAAAACCCGGGCGCUUUUUUUCAGCUCGCGCUCACAGACCUUCCUCCAAACGCUGAAGUGCUGUGCGAGCGCGGCCACACUGUCCGGAAAGAGCUCGCGCACCACACACACUUAUAUACAUAUAUACAUAUAUAUACACACACACACUUCCACACACUCUUUCUGACUGAGACUGAGAAGGAAAGGAAAGGAAGGGAAAGGAAGGGAAAGGAAGGGAAAGGAAGAGCGUCCAGACCGAAUGAAGACCGAAGGAUCUGCCCGGAUUGGAGCCCAGAAUGUUGGCAUGGUGCUGCAGGAGAUCGGUUCACAGGAACACUAGCACGCACAGAUCCUCGGAGCCGCGCGCGGCGGAUGCGGCUGCGCUUGCGCUCGCGCUCGCUCAUCCAGGAUUACCAAGGCGCCUCUCCUUCUUCUUCUUCUUCUCUUUCAUUUUGUUCUCCUCUUCCCAGUCUCGUUCGGACUAUGGCCUCGGCUCCCACACUGGCGGGGGCCGAAGGGUUUGGAGUUUUACCCCCGAGCUACACGCGCUCCGGUAACCCGGACCUCCUCACCCGCAGAGCCGCUUACUGCCACGCCGCUUAUGCGCUCAAACAGAUCGCCAAGGGGAAGGCUGUGGGUCAGAAAGCUCCGCUGUGGCUCCGGGCAAGGUUCCAGGCUCUCCUCUUUACUCUGGGUUGUCAUAUUCAGCGACACUGUGGAAAAGUGCUUUUUAUUGGACUCCUCGUCUUUGGAGCCUUCUCGGUUGGCCUGCGAGUGGCCGCCAUCGAGACAGACAUCGAACAGCUAUGGGUGGAAGCUGGCAGUAGGGUGAGCAGGGAAUUGCGCUACACAAAGGAGAAGCAAGGAGAAGAGGCAGUGUUCACCUCACAGAUGCUCAUACAGACACCCAAACAGGAAGGAACCAAUAUUCUUACCCAGGAAGCUUUGUUGCUCCACCUGGAGGCAGCUGUAUCCGCCAGCAAAGUCCAGGUGUCUCUUUAUGGAAAAUCCUGGGAUCUUAACAAAAUUUGCUUCAAAUCUGGAGUUCCAAUUAUAGAAAACGUCAUGAUUGAGCGGAUGAUUGACAAGCUUUUCCCCUGCAUGAUUGUGACCCCACUGGACUGCUUCUGGGAGGGCUCCAAACUGCAGGGAGGCUCAGCCUACUUACCGGGCAUGCCUGACAUUCAGUGGAUGAAUCUGGACCCUCUGAAGCUCAUGGAGGAGUUGAGCCAGUUCACCUCAUUGGAAGGUUUCAAGGAGAUGCUGGACAAGGCUCAAGUAGGCCAUGCAUACAUGAACCGGCCCUGUCUUGAUCCCAAUGACCCAGACUGCCCGCUCAGUGCCCCCAACAAGCACCUGCGGCAGAGUCCAGAUAUUGCUAUGGAACUGCAGGGUGGCUGCCAUGGUUUCUCAAAGAAGUUCAUGCACUGGCAGGAGGAGCUGAUCCUGGGGGAACGGAUGAAGAGCUCGCAGGGGGUUUUGCAGAGUGCAGAGGCUUUGCAGACCAUGUUUCUCCUCAUGAGUCCCAAGCAGCUAUAUGAACACUUUAAGGAUGACUAUGAGAUCCAUGACAUCAACUGGAAUGAGGAUAAGGCCACUGCGAUCCUGGAGUCCUGGCAGAGAAAGUUUGUCGAGGUGGUCCAUGGAAGCAUUCCUCAGAACUCCUCCUCUGACGUCCACGCUUUUUCUACCACUACACUCAAUGACAUCAUGAAGUCCUUCUCCGAUGUCAGUGUCAUCAGGGUCGCAGGAGGUUACCUGCUCAUGCUGGCCUAUGCAUGUGUGACCAUGCUCCGCUGGGACUGUGCUAAGAGUCAGGGUGCGGUGGGACUCGCUGGAGUGCUACUGGUGGCUCUAUCUGUAGCUGCAGGUUUAGGGUUAUGCUCUCUGUUGGGGUUGUCUUUCAACGCUGCCACUACACAGGUGCUGCCAUUUUUGGCGCUGGGUAUAGGGGUGGAUGACAUGUUCCUUCUGGCUCAUUCUUUCACAGAGACUGGCUCCAACAUCCCCUUCAAGGAAAGGACUGGUGAUUGUCUCAGAAGGACUGGCACUAGUGUGGCUCUCACCUCUAUUAACAACAUGAUCGCCUUCUUCAUGGCAGCCCUCGUGCCCAUUCCUGCCCUUCGGGCUUUCUCAUUGCAGGCUGCUAUUGUGGUGGUGUUUAAUUUUGCUAUGGUCCUGCUCAUCUUCCCUGCAAUCCUAAGUCUGGAUCUGCAUAGACGCAAGGACAAAAGACUGGACAUCCUCUGUUGCUUCUACAGCCCAUGUUCCUCACGAGUAAUCCAGAUCCAGAGUCAGGAGUUCUCUGAUGCCAAUGAUAACCACACUCACCCUCAUGGUCCAGCCACCCCAACAUUUGCUGGUUCCACAAUCACCACCAGCACCCACAUCACGACCACGGUGCAGGCUUUCACCCAGUGUGAUGCUGCUGGUCAGCACAUUGUCACCAUUCUGCCCCCAACGUCUCAGAUCUCCACCAGCCCUCCCUCUGUGGUGCUGUCACCUCCAGACCCCAGACCAGCUGCUGACCCUUACGACUCCCAGCUAUUCAUGCCCUCCAGCUCUACCCGAGACCUGCUAGCCCAAGCAGAGGAGCCUCAAAUGGGACGCGAGUGCGUGCCUCUGCCCUUUUUGCAGUGGAACCUGCCCCGCUUUGCGCGAGAGAAGUAUGCACCGCUGCUGCUUAAGCCUGAAACGAAGACAGUGGUGGUGGUGGUAUUUGUGGCACUGCUCAGUCUUGGCCUCUAUGGUACCACCAUGGUCCACGAUGGCCUCUACUUGACGGAUAUUGUGCCCAGGGACACAAAGGAGUAUGACUUCAUUUCAGCCCAGUUCAAGUACUUCUCUUUCUAUAAUAUGUACUUGGUCACAAUGGAUGGUUUUGACUAUGCCCGCUCUCAACGCGAGCUCCUGCAACUUCACAACGCAUUCAAUUCGGUCAAGUACAUUGUAAGAGACAGUAAUCAAAAACUGCCCCGCAUGUGGCUCCACUACUUCCAUGACUGGCUCCGAGGACUCCAAGCUGCAUUUGAUGCUGAUUGGGAAGCAGGCAGGAUCACCUAUGACAGUUACCGCAAUGGUACUGAGGAUGGAGCAUUAGCUUACAAACUCCUCAUUCAAACUGGCUCGAAAAAAGAGCCAUUCAAUUACAGCCAGCUGACAUCUCGCCGCCUGGUAGAUAAUGAUGGUCUGAUUCCCCAAGAGGUCUUCUACAUCUACCUGACUGUAUGGGUCAGUAAUGAUCCACUAGGCUAUGCUGCAUCACAGGCCAAUUUCUAUCCCCACCCUCAUGAGUGGAUCCAUGACAAAUAUGAUACCACUGGAGAGAACCUACGUAUCCCAGCUGCUGAGCCUCUGGAGUUUGCUCAGUUCCCCUUCUACCUGAAUGGUCUUCGGCAGGCUUCAGACUUCAUUGAGGCCAUUGAGAGUGUGCGCUCCGUCUGUGAAGAAUUUAUGCGCAAGGGCAUCCCAAACUACCCCAAUGGAUACCCGUUCCUUUUCUGGGAGCAGUACAUUGGUCUGCGCCACUGGUUCCUGCUGUCUGUCAGUGUGGUGCUGGCCUGCACCUUCCUGGUGUGUGCCAUCCUGUUGCUCAAUCCCUGGACAGCAGGAAUUAUCGUUUUCAUCUUGGCUAUGAUGACAGUAGAGCUGUUUGGCAUUAUGGGCCUGAUCGGUAUCAAGCUGAGUGCCAUCCCUGUGGUUAUCCUUAUUGCCUCUGUUGGCAUUGGAGUGGAGUUUACUGUUCAUGUUGCAUUGGGCUUCCUGACUGCCAUCGGGGACAGAAACACGCGCUCAAGUGUGGCUCUAGAGCACAUGUUUGCACCUGUGAUGGAUGGUGCCAUCUCUACUCUACUUGGAGUGCUUAUGCUGGCUGGCUCUGAGUUUGACUUCAUCAUGAGGUACUUUUUUGCAGUGCUGGCCAUUUUGACAUUGUUGGGAAUUCUAAAUGGCUUGGUAUUGCUGCCUGUUCUGCUAUCAAUCGUGGGCCCUCCAGCUGAAGUCAUUCUUCCCAAUAAUGCCAAUGGUCUUUCCAGUCCCUCACCUGAGCCCAUGCCCAGGAUUAUGAACAACCAUGGCUACUAUGCUGGGCACAUCCCUAGAGCACCACGACAGGCCUUCACUGAGGUCUCGGACUCUGAGUACUACUCCGAAACAACCAACACGUCUGGGAUUGGUGAUGAAGACUACAAGCACUGUGACCGAAAUGCCUACAUAACCACACCUACGCAGCUGCCAACUUCCCACAUCCUGCUGGAGGCCAGCAAGAACCCAUCUUUUCCGAAGCUCACAGUGGUAAAACCUUAUAGUGAAAUUCCAUCUGCAACGAGUCCAAAAGAUCCACCCAGUGAGGCAGGCCAGAAUGCCGUAAAUUCCAUCAGUUCACAGAUCACGCGGUGGGACGGCAAGCCGGAGUACCAGGGAUCUAGGCAACACCCUUUACCCAAUGACAGCGCAUACUGUCAUGAGAGGACUACUCACUGCGGUGCCAGGCUACAGCAAGGCAGAGGGCCACAGCAAAACAGGACUAAAGCUCUGCCCCAUGGUGCCAAUACACUGCAGCAGCCAAGCAACACUGUCACCAUGGUUACAGCCACUGCCUCAGUAACCGUGUCAGUGCACCCCAAUCUGCCGGGGUCAUAUCAGGGUACCAUGCACGAGGUCUUUGAGGAUAGCGUAUCGGACUCUUUUGAGAGCUCUAAGAGGACUUCACAAACUUACGGGAGAGCUAAUCAGCCUUCCAAGAGAGACUCUUUACAACUCCAAGAUCUGGAAUCCCUAGAUAACAACCAGCAUCAAGCUAAACAGGGUCUAGGUGGUACAUGGACCCAAACAGCCAAAGAUUGCUAGACAGCACACAUCAUUACCCCUACAAUCCCACAACCCCUUUUGUCUGGAAUCUGUCUCUGGCUGUUUUGGGAGGUCCCUAUGCUCUGUCUUUCUGAACUGUACAUAGACCUCACAGAUAAGAGGAUUUAUUUGAAAAGAUAUUAAAAUGAUAUACUAAAAGAGGGGAAAACUAUUUAAAAAAAGAGUACUGUAUCACUUGUGUAUUCUCUUCUGUAAAAGUCAGAUAUAUAAGAGGAUUCAUAGGCUUUGUUUCCUCUUUUGUAAAGAUUAAGAAAUGUGUUCUAUGUAAAAAUUCAGAGAAGCUAAAUAUUAGGUUAUUGAAAAUGAAAGGUCAGUGUUCUUUUUUUGCUGCUAUACAUCAUAUAUGAUGAGAUGAUUUGCCUUGAAAAUGCGUAGUACCCCCUCCUCGAUGUAAGCUGUAACAUUACAUUAACAUAUUCUUACACUGCAAACUUUUUCAGCUUGUCCCCAGAUUACAUUACGUUGAUACUGUAUGUAUUCAUUUGGCAAACACGUCUAUUCAAUGUGACGUGAGAGAGAGAGAGAGAUGGAAUCUAGUUCGAGCAGUUAAGGCUUUAGGGCCUUGCUCAAAGGCCCAGCAGUGGACCUCUAGCAGUGUAGGGAUGUUAACUCACAACCUUCCAGGACACAGGACAUUAACCGCUGAGCUCCCGCUGCACCGUGUUCCCUGAUGGUGUCUUGUCUUUGAUUGCACUGUAACGUAGAAACUUAGACAUAUAUUCCAUUCAUUUUUAUCGCCAGGAAUUCAUUUCUUAGAAAUAUUUCUCCCUGACUUUUUUUUUUAUUGACAGCAACCACUGUGCCUUUGUUAUUUUAUAUACAAUUGGAAACGAUAUAUAUGUAUAUUUUUUUUAACAUUGGUGUAGUUCUGUACUAAUUGGACAGUCAUGAACAAGGACACACUUUGAAUGACACUCUAUGGUCCUAAACUUGAUCCCAAAGGUUCCUCUGUCUGUAGUACGUUAGAGUUCUCACUGUCUCAUCUGUCUGUUGAGGUCAGUUAUUAUUAUUAUUUUUUUUUGCAGUCGAUACACUUGAAUAUUUUAAGGGGCAGCAAGAUAGAUUUAAAAAAAAACCAUCUAUCAUUAGCUAUACAGUGAGUAAGUCUCAUAUUUGUUACAAUGCACCUGCUGAAGCUAUGAGAGAUAUAGCAGGUCAAAUACACUCGGCGGCCACUUUAAUAAAUAGGAACUUGUUCUUGAUUCUAAGGUUCCUGUUCUUGGCUGCAGGAGUGGAACCCAACGUGGGCUUCUGCUGCUGCAUGCCGAGAUGCUUUUCUGCUCACCACGGUUGUAAAGAGUUGCUAUGAGGAAGUUGCUAAAUCCUUCCUGGCACCUCGAACCAACCUCUGACCUCUCUCAUCAACAAGGCGUUCGUUUCUACCCGCAGAACUGUCGCCUGUCGAACCCCAGGAGGUCAGCAGUUUCUGAAAUACUCACUCGAACCGACACCCAUACCACAAUGAAGGUCACACUUUGAGAUCAUAAUUUUUCCCAUUCUGAUGUUUGAAGUGAACAUUAACCGAAGCUCUUGAUUUGUAUCUGUAUGAUUUGAUGCAUCGGGCUGCUAUCAAGAGAUCGGCUGAUUAGAUAACGGCAUAAAACGGCAGGUGGAUGUAUGGGUGUUCUUAAUAAAGUGGCCAGCGAGUGUAUAUGGUCAACUUUGAAUUAUCAUUUUCCCCAAAUGUCACUCUGAAAGAGAAUCUUAUUUAAGUACAAAGGGAGGUCAGGUUGUUGUUUUUUUUUCCUUUUUUUUUUGGCUGCUUUAGAUGUAAUACAUAGUUGAAGUCCUGUGUAAUGGUGGAUGAGGUUGUUCUCAUGCAGGCUUCUCCAGCUAGGCCAGUGUAUCACUCAUAGAGCUCAUUCAAGCCAGUAUUUCUUCUUUUCCGUCUCUUGGAUUUUGAAUUUUUCAAUACUGGUCACAACACUGCCAGAUUAAACCCAGGGAAACAUUAGAUUUAAAUGGCAGCUUUUUUGUUUUUCUUUUUUUUUGUGACGGAACUAGAAACGGAACAAUAUGUAGCUACUGAAUCUAAAAGACGACAAAAUACAACACCACAAAGUCAAGCAAGCGAUCCACAGUAUACAUGUACAUGACGUACAUGACGUGGUGAGAUAGCAGAAAGGAAAGACUAGGGGAUGGGGGUCCUGUACUUCUAUUUGAAAUGUAUGUCAUGCCAUAUGAAUUAUUUAUAUAAAAAAUUUUAUUUUUGUAGUUUGUACAGAUGUUAGUCACUAGACUGAUGUUAUAUUUUUAAAGAGUAAAUAUAUUA